UCGGCGUUGGCUUGGUCCCGCCGCACCUGCGCACACAGCUCGUCGGAAGGUCCCGAGCUCGACUCAGGCAAUGGCGGAGCUGGGUGAGGCGGAUGAAGCGGAGUUGCAGCGCCUGGUGGCGGCCGAACAGCAGAAGGCGCAGUUCACUGCACAGGUGCAUCACUUCAUGGAGUUAUGUUGGGAUAAAUGUGUGGAGAAGCCAGGGAAUCGCCUAGACUCUCGCACUGAAAAUUGUCUCUCUAGCUGUGUGGACCGCUUCAUUGACACUACUCUUGCUAUCACCAGUCGGUUUGCCCAGAUUGUACAGAAAGGAGGGCAGUAGGCCAUCCUGUGGGAGAAUGACUAAAGAAGCAAAGGACUUAUUAUUAAGCAGGUUGAAGGGCCAGCAGAGAAAGGUUGUCAGCCCAUUGUCAGGUUAACUUCAGGCUGUUACCAAGCCUGUUGGUGCUAAAAAGUAAGAGAUCAAAUGUUCAAAAAGUGGAAUUUAUUUAUUGGGAGUUCAGAAAAUCCAUCUUGUAUCACAACAAUUAUUCAAUAAAUGUGAAUUCUCCAACUC